AUGGUGCGGUGGGUGCGCGUGCGGAGCCCGCCGGUGCUGGAGUCCAAGCUGCUGUGCCUCUCGCUGCUCUACCUCCUCACCACGCUCCCGCUCGCGCUCUACGUCUCCUUCUCCGACCCCGGCCGCCGGUGCCCCCGCCUCCAGCUGCCCUUCUUCGCCUCCCGUGCCUCCCCUGCGAAGACGGCGCUCUUCGAGUACCCGCUCGGGUACGGCGAGCACAAGCACGCGCUGCCCGUCACGCGCGCGCUCUGCUCCAGCCCCGUCGCCUUCGCAGACUACAAGACUGUCUUGGAAGAGAUCAAUGGCCUCUGCCGCAACAUCUCGGCGUCCGCGUCCAGAUCACCUGCCCUCCGGUACCAGAGCGGCAGGAGGGACACGUUUGCAGGGAACCUCUCGACCGAGAAGCGGAGAUCGUUCUUCAGCCACACUGACAACCAAGUGGAGAUUCCCUGUGGGUUCUUCAAGGAAUUCCCCAUCCCAGAAGCUGACUACAAGACUGUCUUGGAAGAGAUCAAUGGCCUCUGCCGCAACAUCUCGGCGUCCGCGUCCAGAUCACCUGCCCUCCGGUACCAGAGCGGCAGGAGGGACACGUUUGCAGGGAACCUCUCGACCGAGAAGCGGAGAUCGUUCUUCAGCCACACUGACAACCAAGUGGAGAUUCCCUGUGGGUUCUUCAAGGAAUUCCCCAUCCCAGAAGCUGACUACAAGACUGUCUUGGAAGAGAUCAAUGGCCUCUGCCGCAACAUCUCGGCGUCCGCGUCCAGAUCACCUGCCCUCCGGUACCAGAGCGGCAGGAGGGACACGUUUGCAGGGAACCUCUCGACCGAGAAGCGGAGAUCGUUCUUCAGCCACACUGACAACCAAGUGGAGAUUCCCUGUGGGUUCUUCAAGGAAUUCCCCAUCCCAGAAGCUGGUGAGUUUGUUGUUCAAUUUUAUUUUUCCAUGCAAAGGACGUACUGUUUUGGAUUGUUCAAUGUCAAUAUAGCAUGAACUGACCUGACCCGAGUCCCAUGGU